AUGGCUGUCCUCAUGGCGGUGGGGGGCGAAGAGGUGAUGAGCUUCGAGCAGUUCGCCCAGUGGGAAGCCGCACUCCGCCAGGGACGCACGGCAGGAGAGACCGCUGGCUUCCUGGACGAGCUGCGCCUGGAGGUUGCGCGGCGGAGGAAGUUGGCGAACUUCCGGCAGCUCCAAGUGGUCCAGGGGAAUGACGUCUUGGGCGCCGAGAGCGCCUGGGGCACCGGGCCGUUUUUGGUCUAUGUGCGGCCGUAUGUGCAGCCCGAAAAGCUGGAGACCCUGAGCCGCGCUGCUGCGGAUUCGCUGUGGGAUCUGGUGCGGUGCCUGGAGAUCCCGUUGGAUCCUGACGCGGCGGAUAGCUACGGGGGAACCGUGUUGCAGUUUGCCGCGGACGACGGCCAGGAAGACGUUGUGCGCUGCUUGCUGCAAGCUGGCGCUGAUGCGGAGAUGUCCAAUGUUUUCUUGCAGACACCCAUGCACGCGGCGGCCAAGAAUGGCCAUGAAGGAAUUGUACGUUGCCUGCUUGAAGCAAGCGCAAAUAUGGAAGCAGAGGACGAAGAGUGGUACACACCCUUAGAUCUUGCCGCCUUGCACGGGCAUGAGGGAGUUGCGCGCUGCUUGCUUCAAGCUGGCGCUGACAAGGAUCAUGCUGACGGGAGACCCCUGCACCUCGCCGCGCGUCACGGUCACCAGCAGGUGGCGCGUUGCUUGUUGGAGGCGGGCGCUCAGGCGCAGAAGACGGCGGCGGGGUGCACGCCUCUCCGCUUGGCGGCCGAGCACGGGCAGCAGGAAGUCGUGCGCCUUCUGCUCGGCGUGGAAAUUGAUGAGGCCGACUGUCACUGCCUCACACCGCUGCAUGCGGCCGCGUGCAACGGGCAUGCAGAGGUUGUGUGUGGCUUGCUUGCAGCUCGGGCUGAUACGGAAAGGGCCGACGAGGUCGAGCGCACACCUUUGCAUCUGGCGGCCGACAACGGCAAGGUGGAAGCAGUGCGUAGUUUGCUGGAAGCUGGCGCUGACAAAGACAAGGUCGACUCUGACCUGCGCACGCCUUUGCACCUUGCUUCCAGCACGAGCCUGGAAGCUGUGUGUUGCCUGCUGCAAGCUCGGGCUGACACAGAGAAGAUGGAUAAAUACUGGCGCACACCUUUGCAUGCCGCGGCGGAGUGUGGGCAUCUGGAGAUUCUGCACUGCUUGCUGGAAGCAGGUGCUGACAAGGAUAAACCUGACUGCGAGUGGAGAACGCCCUUACAUUGCGCCGCUGCUUAUGGGCAUGAUCAGGGUGUCUGGUGCCUGCUGGCCGCUGGAGCCGACCCAGACAAGGCCGACAAGCAUUGGCGAACACCUUUGGACGUUGCUGCUGAGAAUGGCUUUCCGGAGGUGGCACGUUGUUUUCGAGAAUUCAGCGAGACUUGA